CUAUAACCUCCACUUGCAUCUCCUUUGACCUGGUCCCGGUUUCCUCUACAACACCAGGCAAGAUAACAUUUUCUCAUCUACGGCCAGUUUCUCGGAGUGCAACUACAAGUGAACCCUCGCUUCAAAAAAAUCAUGGCGGCCAUGGACAACACAAUUCGAACCCAGCUCCGCAACCUCGCGGUCCUUGCAGGACCCUUCGCGGAAGUCGACUUCGACGAUUUGCCCGAUACUCCGCAUGAUGCUUUCAAGAAAUGGUUGAACGACGCAAUCGCGGCCGAUGUCCGAGAGCCACAUGCCAUGACGAUCUCGACUGUGGAUGAGCAGGGCUGUCCGGAUGCCCGGGUUCUGAUCUUGAAGAAUGUCGAUGAUCGUGGCUGGCACUUCGCCGUCAAGAGAGAUAGUCCGAAGGCUCAGCAGCUGGAGAAGAAUGGACAUGCCGCUUUAACCUUCUAUUGGCCUCAAGUUGGGAGGCAAAUUCGUUUGCGCGGGAGGGCCACCCAGCUACCAGAAGAUGAGUGCAGGGAGGAUUUCGCUGCGCGCCCGUUGAAGUCGAGAGUGAGUGCCAUGGCAUCUAAACAGAGCCAGGUACUCAAGGACCGUCAGGAGCUUACUGAUCGCAUCGCCGAGACAGAAGCUGCCGUAAGCAAUGGGCAAGAGCAGGCCUUCCACAAGUGGAGAGUGUACGCAGUUGCACCGAUAGCGGUGGAGUUUUGGCAAGGCUCUGAUGAUCGGCUUCAUCAUAGGCUGCGGUAUGCGCUGGAGACCGAAAAUGGCCGUUGGCGCAAGGACCUUCUGUGGCCGUAAUGCGUUAAUCUGUCUCUCUGGGAUCACCAUUGAUGAUGAUGAGAUCCUCAUCUUUGUUGGCAAUUCCAAUGAAAUAAUCAGUGCAGUGCCUUCAUACACAAGGCUAACUUGGGGUUGAGAUAGCAAGUAUCUAGCGAUAUACGCGGCUCGGUUCGCUCAAGGCCUUUUUCUAGAGGCCAAUUGGAUGAAUGUAGUGUCAUUGCUAAACGCUUUCCAUCCUCACUCCUCCAGGUCUGAAUUGAUUGUCGAAAAUGGCUUAGGGCUGUAUGCAAAGUUCACCGUCUCGCAUGAGCGUGGUCACUGCAGAAAUGGUGUAUGUUCGACAAGUAUAGUUGAGACAGGUCUCCUCAUCCAAUGACCACGGCUUCGCAAUCAUGGCUCCCAAGCUGCAUGAAAAUACCCCACCAUAUCUCCGCCCUGUGAGAUACUACUCGUUUGGGGACUUGAGAAUAAUAGGGAAAUGGUCAACGGCGGUUGGGGAGGGUCAGGAUCUGCAGCCGAACUAG